UGGGUCAGCGCGCUGACAGACGCCAUGUUUUUUUUUACUGUAGCUGGACUAGAAAAUGGAGGCUUUCUGCUAACGUUAGCGAUCUAGUUCAACGGGUGUAUGGAGCUCCCAGGAAGUUUUACGCAUCUUUUCAAUCCGACCGUCUCACAUGCUACACCUAGAGGACACUCACGUGCAUUUUGGUUUCUGAAUCCGAAAUAAAACUAUACGAGCAGGUUGCUGCUGCUGAAGAGCAGCCGGGUUAGCUCCCGGCUAGCAGCUAGCAGCUAGCUGGCUGAAGCUAGCUGUCUCCUCCGGGGAUCCCGUGUUAGCUCGCUAGCUAAACACGGAUACAUGCAAGGUCUCUUCCUCAGCCGAAGGACAGAGGUACAAAUCGAACCGAAGGCUACACCUUGAGGUAUGGCUUGGAUUUGAUUUGGACGCUGCUGGUGAUGGCACAAGGGACUGGCAUUGGCGAAAUGCCCUCCUUUGGCCCAAGUCCUAGUUCUGAAGCAAAAAAGAGACCCACUUCUUCUGAUGGUAGAGACGAGCCCAUGAGGAAAAUGCCUAUGUCACAAUUUGGUUCCAGACCUCGAUUUGAGCCUGUACACUUUGUCAGUGGUGGAAGCAGCGGAGGGACUGGCACUGAUGAGAAGGAAAACGAUAAGGAGCGCAGGAGGAGUGAGUCGUUCGGUGGAAGACAGUGGGACUCUGACCGCUCUACCUACGGCGGCACCAGCCAAGCGCAGGGCUUCUCCUCCCUGAUGCCUUCUUUUGACAGAGUUUCAUCCUCAAAUUCUGACUCUUGGCGUUCCCAGAGAGACAGAGAAGAUUGUUCUGGUAGCACAAGUGGGUUGGGGUUUGGAGAACGUUGGCCCAGUUCAAACUUUAUGGUAAAAACGGAGCAGGACUACUCCGCCAAGUAUCAAACCCACUCCUCUCGAGGAUCAGAUUCCUUUUCUCAGCCCCACAGAUACAAUGGAUACGGGGGAGGGAGCACAUCAGGAAGUCAGGGUUUGGGAUACGGUCAUCUGGACCGGCCGGCAUCAAGCAGGCCAUUCAGCAGAGUCUACAACAGCCCAGGGAGGAGCAGUCCCACCACUUCUCAGGCUGUCUCCUCAUCACAGCCUAUUCCAAUAUCUCAGCCAACAAUGGAGGAGAAGCAAAGGCUGAUUUCCAACGUAGCGUCUGCAUUGGCUGUUGCGUUUAUGGACCCGAUGUUCAUUACUGGAAGUGAAUCGCCAAACUAUAAUUUCAUGUUGAGCCGCAGCAUUCAGGCUUGCAAGACUAAUCCCGAGUAUAUAUAUGUCAACCUGAAGGACAUUCCUCAAUCCGACCUACCGAAGAACAGGAAAGUACCAACCGAUGGUUACGCCUGUGAAUUGAGAUGUCAGGGAGUGUAUCUUGCCACCGGAUACUCUGGGAGUAAAAAUGGAGCGAGGGACCGGGCCUCUGAGCAGGCUGUCAAACUCUUCCUGAAAACGGUGGAGGUUCGUGUGGUGCAGCGCAAAUACAGACACUCUGUAGUCAAUGACAUCGUUGUGUGCCAGCUGCAGAGCCCAACCCCCGGCUUUUUACCUGCACUCCGAAACCCAGAGGAUAAACCGACACCCAGCUCUAAGGGACAAUACGAGCCUGACCAACGAAAACACUGGACAGAGUUUGUGGUUAUGGACAAUGCUCACGACGCCAUCUGCAUACUCAACAACUCUGCAGCUUUUAAUCGCAUGAAGAUAGACUAUAAGUAUGACCUGCUCCCCAACAACAGUGCGUGGCUGUGCAGUGUUUUCCUGCAGGAUGAGCUGGUGUCGCAGUCGACAGGAACCAAAAAGAACUCAAAGCAUUCAGCGGCUGAAGAUGCUGUGAGGAAACUUCGGAUGAACCAGGCGCAACGAGAACAGGAGGAACAGCAACAGCAGCAGCAACAACAACUGUCACAAUACUCCAGAGGAAAUAGUCAAUCAGAUUCUGGUGGACGCUUUGGACCACAGGUUGGCAAAAAGAAGCAUCUGAGUGAGUUGGUCAUCCUGGAAAACUCUGACAAUGCAAUCUGUAUCAUUAAUGACACAGCGCAAUUUAAUAAAGUGACUGCUGAUUACAAGUUCACAGUUCUGCCCGAUCAUCGAUGGAGGUGUGAGGUUUAUUUGGAAGGACAGUAUAUAGCAGCAGGACUUGGGCCGAAGAAAGUUGUGAAGCACAUUGCCGCAAAGGAGGCCUUGACCACCUUGAGGCAGACACAGGCUGUGGUCAAAUCCAACCUCAGAAAGGAUGGUCACUGUGACGCCUUAUCACGAGCCCAGAUCCUGGCUUGCUCCGGUCAGGAGGCCACAAAGCAGGAGAUUAAGGAGGACAACAUUGGAAACCAGCUGCUACGCAAAAUGGGCUGGAAAGGAGGCGGUCUGGGCAGAGACGGGGAAGGGAUUUCAGAACCUAUCAAAGUGAAGGAGCAGUUCUCCAGAGAAGGUUUUGGUUUGGACACAAACAAAGCCGGAAACCAGCUCAGCAAGCGUGACAUUGAGAACAUCAUUCGUAACUACACCAGUUCUGAUCGCCAGGAUGACCUUCGAUUCGCCGCUGACCUCAACAACGACGAACGCAAGCAGAUCCACCAGAUAUCUCAGAAAUACGGCCUACGAAGCAAGUCGUACGGACAGGGACGGCAGCGGUUCCUCAUUGUCAGUCGCAAAGUACACAAAGACCAGCUUAUUGGUCAGCUUUUACAGGAGGGACAGGUGGGACGAUACAAGCUUGUGAAACCUCAGGCCAUUCACUGACGUGCAUGCAGGGCAAAAUAUUUAAAAAACAUUGGAUAUCCAUUUAGACUUCAGUACAAAUCACACUCAAGUGUAACUGCUGUGUUUAUACUUGUAUGUGACAAACGUACAACCCACAUGAAUAAAAGAGUCCUUCAGGGAUCACCUGUGGCUUCUGCAUUCCUUUGCCAUGCAUUGUACUCUAGCUUUACAAUAGGUGAUUUGUCUUUCUUUUUGUCUCCUGCCAUUCCAAGUCUAUUUGUUUGACUUUUGCACAAGCUUUAAUACUUUGUGGUAUAAUUUCCUUACUUUAAAAAUAAAAAUGUCUUUUGUUUGUUAUAAAGAUUCACAACUAUUGGUUAUUUAAGGAACUUUUCACUGCUUGUUAUUGAACACGGUUGACAGUUGACUCAUGAGGCAUCAAACUGUAGCUCGAUGCUCAUGUCAGUCUCAAUGUAGUGAUACAUAUCUCGACCAGCAAUGCCGUCUGCUCUUUCCCCACCUGGAGGUCAUUCUACGAAUACAAGUUGCAUCCAUAAUCAGAAAAUCUUCACAUAGAAACUGUAAGCUAUGAUCUUUGUUUAAUGUCAGAUGUGUUGGUUUAUGUGAGUACCGUUAACUUGUCUGCUUGUUUUCACAGCUGUAAUGACUGAAUAAAUUCAAACUGAUGACA